AUGGACCGGGACCUCGAGGCGACCUACGGCGACGACGAGCGCCGGGAGGCGCCGAGCCUGCUCGUGUCGCCGUCGGAGCGGUCGCGGAGCAUACGCCAGAGCGCGCACGCGGCGUCGGCCGAGGCGUCCAUCGAGGCCAUCGACGCCAUCGAGGAGGCGCUGUCCGCCGCGGCGCCCUACCCGCUCGAGCCCGAGCGGCCGGCGAACGCGCGGACCGUGUCGGAGUUCGGGCGCGCGGAGCUCGCGGAGCUCGACGCCGAGUCCGCGCUCCUCGACGAGGUCGGCGCCGAGGUCGCGGCGCUGCGCCGCGAGAACGCGGAGCUCCGAAGCCGCGACCCGCUCGCGGGCCUCGAGCGCGCCGCGGACCUCGAGACCGAGCUCGACGACCUGAGACGGCGGCUGGAGGAGACGCGCGCCAAAAACGCGGAGCUGCUCGACGCGUCCGAGGCGCGCGUCAAGCGCGAGGCGGCGCUCGUCGACGAGGCGCGGGGCGCCGCGCGCGUCGCGCGCGAGGAGCUGCGCCUCAAGGGCCUGGAGUUCGCCGCGCUCCGCGACGGCCUCCUCGCCGAGAACGGGAAGCUCCGCGAGCUCCGCGACGCGUCGAGGGACGAGGCGGACCGCGGCGGCGCGGACCUGCCCGCGCACCUGCGGCGGCCGACGAUCAAGCCGACGGGCCAGUGCCCGCGGUGCUGGCGGCCCCGGCCCUGCGCGUGCGACGACGUCGAGGCGGACGUCGUCGUCGACCGCGCGCCCGCGCGGCCGCGCGCGGCGGCCGUGGACCCCUUCGCCCACGCCGACGGCGACGUGAGCGUCGAGGCCGCCGAGCGCAAGCGCGCCGACGCCGCCGCCGCGUCCGAGGCCGCGACGGCCGCCAGGCUCGCGGAGGCGCGCGCGGCGACGGCCGAGAAGCUCGCGCGCGCGCGCGCCGAGGGCGCGACCUGCCCCAUCUGCUGGAAGCCCCGGCCCUGCGCCUGCGACGACGGGCCCGCGGACGAAUCCGCGCGGGCGCGCGCCGACACCGCGGCCUGCCCGCCGUGCCCCGCGCCCGCGGCCGCGCCCGCGCGCGUCGACGGCGCGUCGACGCGCGUCGACGCCGCGACGAACGUCGACGGCGCGACGACGAACGCGGCGCCGCCGCUGCCCACGGUCUGCGCGCCCAUGCCCGUGCGCGCCCUGCGCGGCGAGGGCCGCGUCGUCGCGGGGGCGACCUUCGAGCGCGAGCGCCUCGCGAGCCCGCAGCUCCGCGGCGCGCCGGCGAGCCCGCCGCGGCCCCGCGAGGCGCCGGCGCCGCGGGACCGGCGCCGGCUCGAGCGCGACCUGGACCUGCCCGAGGACUGCUUCAUCGUCACGCGCGACGAGGCCCAGACGCUCCGCGACGAGAUCGACACGCUCCGCCGCGAGGCCGCGGACGCGCGCCACGAGGCCCGCCGCGCGCGGCGCGGCGACCGGGCCUCGCCCCGCGACGGGGCGCGGCGCAACGGGGAGCGGCGGGCGGCGUCGCCCCGGGACGAGGCGCGGCGGGCGGCGUCGCCCCGGGACGGGGAGCGGCGGGCGACGUCGCCCCGGGACGAGACGCGGCGGGCGGCGUCGCCCCGGGACGAGGAGCGGCGGGCGACGUCGCCCCGGGACGAGACGCGGCGGGCGGCGUCGCCCCGGGACGAGGAGCGGCGGGCGGCGUCGCCCCGGGACGAGGCGCGGCGGGCGACGUCGCCCCGGAACGGGGAGCGGCGGGCGACGUCGCCCCGGGACGAGGAGCGGCGGGCGACCCCGCCCCGGGACCCGUCGCCGAAGAAAUCGUCGCCGAAGAAAUCGUCGCCGAAGAAGUCGCCGCGGCGGGCGCCGUCGCCGUCGCCGUCGCCGCGGCGGGACGGCGAGGCGACGCUCGAGAGCGGCGACGACGGCGCCGAGGCCUGGAGCGGGUCGAGCGAGGACCCGGACCGCGCCGCGGAGCCCUCGCACGAGCGGCGGCGCCGCCGCCGCGACGCGCGGCGCCGCGCGCGCCGCGACGGCGACGACGGCGGCGACGACGACGACGACGGCGAGGGCGACGCGCCGCGGGCCGGCGCGCCGCCGGAGCCCGAGGCCGCGACGCCCGUCGGCGGGCGGCUCCGCGAGGCGUCGCCCGCGCGCGCCUCGGACCUCGCGGCCCGCGACGACGGCGCCGGCGCCGCGGCCGCCGCGGCGAGCCCCCCCGCGUCGCCGCGGCCCCGCGCGGCGAGCCGCAUCGAGGCGGCCGGCGGCCCGCCGACGUGGGCCGUGGACCUCGUCGGCGCCGAGGACUACGACCGGCUCUGCCUCGCGCGGCCGGGCGACUACGCGCCGACGGGCCCGCGGCGGUCGACGCCGGCGACGUGCGCCGUCGACGGCGGCCGCCUCGUGCUGAGGAGCGGCGCGGCCAAGUGGCGCGCCGCCGUGCCCCUGGCCUCCAUCGCCGAGGUCGACUGGGACGCGCGCGGCACGGGCCUCGUCCGCGUCGCGUUCGCCGCGCCGGGCGGCGCGCGCCGCGCGUACUACUUCAAGAUCCCGACGCCGGACCACCACGACGUCGUCGCCGACAUCGUCGCCACCAUCGAGGAGCGGCAGCCCGAGAGCGGCGGCGGCGACCAGAGCAACCCGCUCCAGGUCACGCCCGACUUCCGCCUCCCGACGGGCGUCCGCGCGACCCGCGCCAACGGCACCGUGCUCCGCGGCUCCCCGGCGUCGCCCAUCCGCCUCGGGGGGCUCUAA